AUGGAACAAGUGCGCACCAGAGUGAUGGAAAAAAUCAGUGACACCUUCAACGCAGUUGCAAAGCAUCAAGCCGCGUGGAUUGAGCCUGAUAUUCAGAAAGAUCUCGGUGUUAUAUGUGAGGAUCUGCACAUCACAACAGCUGGAACUCAUCAGGAUAAGCUCUCGCCAGUCUUCUUUAAUCCUCUCGGAGCGCACAAUGUCCCCUCCCCUCAUCCUACCCAUGAUCUGGGGCAAAAGUUUGUCAAGGAGAUCUUCGACAAUUGGGACGAACCCAGCCCGCAGCCACCAACGGUGACCGAUCAAGUUUAUAAGUUAGUGGACGGGAUACGAGACAUUUUCCGAACCAGCCGUCGCGAUGUUAUGUCAGAGACUGGAAGGCCGUUGCAGCUGCGGACUUACGCAAACCGGAUCGAAUGUGGGAAUAUCACACCGGACCUCAUUGCUGAAGAACUCGAUGCCCUGUUUUGGGUGUCGCCUAUGGAUCAAUUCAACAAGCCCCACAUCCUGCUUGCAACUUUUAUGAAGUCUGAAGCAAAUGAUACGCUUUCCAAAUACGAGACUAUGGUCAUGUUGACGGUCAUGUUUACCCGGUUACAAAGUGAUAAUUGUCCCGACCACAGCAUCAUUCCUAUCAUGAUUAUCAGCGUCUUUCCUGGUCUUAAGCUCAGAAUCUUAGAGGCCCACUAUGAUUAUAGAGGUCUCGUCGUUCGAAAAUCUGAUUUCCUUAGCUUCGCGAACAAAGAUUCGGCGAUCUCGAGCAUGGAUAUUGUGGUGAGUUUUAUGUGUUCCGAAAUGACCGGGAACACGACUGACAUGAAUAUCAUGAUGGAUCCAGUAGCUGAAGUCCCUCCAGCCCUGUCCGAUAACUCGAGUCAGGAGUCUAGAAGCCGAGAGAUGGAAUCGUGGAGUAGGGGAUCUUUGUGGCGAAAUGUCAGUCGUUCUAUCAAGACUUACAUUUCGAAGUUCAAAAAUGCUCUUAACACCUGA